AUGGUAGAUUUUCACAUCAGUAAAGUUCAUGAUCUUAUGACAAACCAAAAGAACAUCAGGAACAUUUCUGUGAUAGCACACGUUGAUCAUGGAAAGAGUACGUUGACGGAUUGCCUCGUUAUCAAAGCCAAGAUAGUGUCCAAGGAUUCUGGAGGAGGAAGGUAUAUGGACUCGCGUGAAGACGAGCAGCAGAGAGGGAUCACCAUCAAGAGCUCGGCAAUAUCCCUGCACUUUCAGGUUGAGAAGGAUGUUCUGGAGGCAUAUACAAAGGAGGGAGAUACCAAUGGAACUGAAUUUCUUAUCAAUCUGAUUGACAGCCCUGGGCACGUGGAUUUCAGUAGCGAGGUCACGGCAGCCCUUCGAGUGACUGAUGGGGCUCUUGUUGUUGUGGACUGUGUAGAUGGGAUCUGUGUACAAACGGAGACUGUGCUUGGGCAGGCGAUGAAUGAAAGAAUAAUCCCUACCCUGGUUCUCAACAAGCUUGACCGGGCGAUCCUGGAAUUGGAGUAUCCUCAAGAGAAGCUGGGAGAGGUCCUCAGAAGAAGAGUGGAGGGGUUCAAUGCAAAGCUGAGCACCCUGGGGUAUAACUUCAAGGUGGAUUCGCUGAUGCCUGAGAAGAAUGAGAUUUCGUUCUGCUCUGGGCUUCAGGGAUGGGGGUUUACCCUAAGACUAUUUGCAAGGUUUUACCUUGAGAAGUUCAACAUGAGUGGGUUUGAGGGAGAAAGAAAGCUCACGAACUUCCUAUGGUCCCACAAGGUGUCUUGUACAUCCGACGACCCGUUUGAUCCAAAUAUCAAGCACAUAGCCAAGCCGAAUCCUGCAAGAUCCCCGUUUGUUGUUUAUGUAUUGAACCCUAUCUACAAGAUCAAGGACCUAUGCAACAGCGGGAAAAUUGAGGAGAUCAAGGAAUACUUGAAGUUCUACAAGGUAGAUUUCAAGGGGGUGAAUCUUACUGGGAGUGGAAAGUCACUUUUCAAGGAGGUGAUGAAGACAUGGCUCCCUGCUGCAGACUGCAUUCUAGAACAGAUAGCACUGAAGCUCCCGUCUCCGCUACAGAGCCAGAAGCUUCGAUAUGACUACCUCUAUGAGGGUCCUGCCGAUGAUGAUGUUGCAAAUGCAAUCAAGAAAUGUGACAGCAGUGCCGAUGCACCUGUGACGAUGUAUGUCUCCAAGAUGAUCCCCUCGAAUGACAAUAGGUUCAUAGCAUUUGGAAGGGUUUUCUCCGGAAAGAUAUAUCCUGGAAUGAAGAUUAGGGUUCAAGAACCUGGAUACUCACCGACAUCAGAGGAACUGUCGAACACCUCCCUGGUCCACAACAAGUCUGUCUUAAGAACUGUUGUGAUGAUGGGGAGAGGAUAUAAGGACGUGCCUGAUUGCCCAUCAGGAAACAUCAUAGGGAUAGUUGGGAUUGACGAUUGCUUGAAGAAAACAGGCACGAUAACCAACAAGGAAGGGGCAUACAACAUCAGAUCGAUGAAGUUCUCUGUGUCUCCUGUUGUUAAGGUGGCAGUUUCUGCCAAGAGGCCUGAGGAUCUUGGAAAGCUACAGGAGGGUCUUAACAAGCUUGCGCAGUCUGACCCCCUUUGCCUGGUUGAAAGGAACGACAAGGGCCAGAACACCAUAGCAUGUGCAGGAUCUCUGCAUCUUGAGAUCUGUCUUAAGGAUCUUCAGGACCAGUAUGCUAAGAUACCGAUUGUUGCCGACGACCCACUGGUGACGUACUUCGAGGGAAUAACUUCUACAGUUACUGAGCCCAAGAUGACGAAGUCCGCAAACAAGCAUAACAGGAUAUACAUGACUGUUGAGCCUCUGGAUGAAAACAUAGUUGAUAACCUGAAGGAUGUCAAGUCUGACCAGAUAAAGACGAUGGUAACGAACUUCCGUGAGAAGCUGGAGAUAAGAGAUGAUUGGGUUAAGAAGAUAUGGUGCUAUGCACCCGAGAUCAACCCCCUGAAUCUUCUUGUGGAUGGAACGAAGGGAAUCUCCAUCAUCAAUGAAAUCAAGGAGCAUGUUAACACUGGGUUCAGGGCUGCAGUCAAUGACGGGCCUCUGAUCGGGGAGGUGAUGCGUGGUCUCAAGUUUGAACUUAAGGAUGCCGUCCUACAUGCCGAUGCCAUCCACAGAGGUAUCAAUCAGCUGCUUCAGCCGGUCAAGAACCUUUGCAAGGGGCUUCUUCUUGCAGCUAACCCCAUUCUUUACGAGCCCAUAUACGAGGUCGAGAUAACCACACCCAAUGACUACUCUGGGGCAGUCACUACGAUUCUCCUUUCCAAAAGAGGAACUGCAGAGGACUUCAAGACGCUUCCUGGAAAUGAUACAACAAUGAUAACGGGGACACUUCCAGUAAAGGAGUCCUUCACGUUCAACGAAGACUUGAAGUCUGGAUCAAGAGGAAAGGCCGGCGCAUCCAUGAGGUUCUCUCACUACAGCACUCUUCCUGGAAGUCUGUCUGAUCCAAACUCCUUGAUGUUCAAGACAGUCGAGACGGUUAGGAAGCUCAAGAAAAUGAAUCCUGCACCUCCAACAGCAGACUCCUUCUUCGAUAAGCUUUAA